GUCUCGGGACUAAAACGCAUUGUGCGAUAUUUAACAGUGACAACAUUCUUCAAACGAAUCAUAUCAAUCACGAAAAAAAACCUUCUACUCAACAUUACAAAGCACAUUUUACGUCGCUAUGAUCUCUGCAGCUCCAUCAGAUAUUAGGCGCUUCGCGCCCACAGCCUACGCUGGCGACGUAUUCGAGGCCCUGAAGGGUGAUGGUGUUGCUAUUAUCUCAAAAGCGGCCAGUGAGGAAACGAUUGACAAAGUGCUGGGACAAGUAGGCACGAUCACAGGCGAGCAGGAAUACGGCCUGGCUGGCAGGAGCACCACUUUCGCUACAGACCUCCUCAUGAAUCCGCUAUACGUCGAGCUCACGAAGCGUUUCUUGACUGACACUUGCGUCAUCUACUACGAGAAAGAGCGCACUGUAUCGACAGCCGAGCCACAAGUCUCUCUUACAGUGGCGCAUGCUUCCCAGCCCGGUUCUCCUGGCUGGGGCCUGCGUCGACAGGAUGAUUGCCAUCACACCAAGCACCCUGCGAAGCGGGAGACAGACUUUGGUAUUGCUUACGCGGCAAAUGACAUCACCACCGAGAACGGUGCCAUUCGUGUGGUUGUCGGAUCGAACCGAUGGAACGACACUCGCGAUCCUACUGACGAGGAUGAAACACUCAUUGAGCUGAAGAAGGGCGAUGCUCUAUUAUGUCUUGGUUCCGUAUACUACGGCAUCAAGCCGAACACAACAUCGACCCCAAGUGUUCUCCUGAGCGCAUUCACUACUCCCGGUUGGUGCCGUCAGGAGGAAAACCAGUACCUUGCCAUCCCGCUCGAGAUAUCCCAAACAUUUCCGGAGGAUGUCCAGAGAUUCUUGGGAUACUAUGUUAGCAGGCCAUAUGGUGGAGCAGUCGAACACAUGGAACCACUCGACUUCCUCAAGGCCAAAGGUGAUUGGUCAAAGUAUGUUCCAGUUGACUUGAUAUAA